GAGAGAGAGAGAGAGAGAGAGAGAGAGAGAGAGAGAGAGAAGCACGCACUCUCUAUGACUAUGUCAAAUAUCGUUCUCCUCCUCCUCGUCCUGGCACCCCUUCGCAUGGCGGCCGCAAGCUCGGACUGUAUCCCCGGGGGGCAGCACAUGGAGGCGUCUUUUGCUUGUAGCAUGAUGUGGUUGUCGAAGCCACAACAAGAUCUCUGCGUCCGCAUCAUGAUCUGGGGCGGCAUCGACAUGUCCGUGUCGCACAAGGAGGACCAAACCGGGUACGUGACCCUUGCUGCAUGGUUCGCCGUGGAAUCUUUUGAAGUCACGCGGAUCGCCGCGAGGAACCAGCUCAGCCAUAACACAUCGCUCUCCGGACAGGAGAGGCACGCCUACGAGGGGUGCAUGAAGGACUACGCGCUAGCGGGCAGAUCCAUCACCCGCGUCGCCAACGAGAUGCUACCCAGCUGCCGCUUCACGCACCUCAGCUACGAGUACAACCAUGCGCUAAAUAGCAUAGUUAGUUGUAUGAAUCGGCUGUCGGCGCUGACUCAGGUGAACACACCGUUGUACCCCAUGGUGUUGGCUGACCAGGACAAAGCAGUGCUGGCGUACCAUCUUGCUACUCUGAUAGGUGUAGUGUGAUAGAUGAAGAGGCAGUACGUACGCCAAAGAGCAAACAGUAAAAUAAACAUUGGGUACACCGCUACAUAGUUUUACAUGUGUGAUGUAUUGUCAGAGUUGGAUCCAUGAUUUGGUGCCAGG